AUGUCCAUUCCAAUUAAUAAGGAAAAUAACCAACCAAACACUGAACAUCGCGCUGACGAUGAAAUGUCAAUAGGUGAUCUUGACUUAAAUCAGAAACAAAAAGAAAUAUUACGAAAAAGAUGGCGAAGUUCCUGUGAUAGAAAAGCCUCAAAAGUUUGUAUAAAAGCUUGCAAGAGUGCAUAUAAAAUAGUCUGCGGUUCGUACAAAUGUAAGAAAGCAAUGAAAAGAAGUUUUAGAAGAGAGUGUAAGAGUAAUUGUGAAGCUAAAUUUGUAUCAUCUAAGUAUUAUAGUGAUAGUGAA